AGGUCAAAUUGCAAACAACACAAAAAUGGCGUCCAAGAAUCAACGUUGGAUGGUUGAUUCUGGCAUCUUGCGUAAAAAAACAGUGGAAGAGGAACCACAGGAGCUGUUGGUGUUUGGGUACAGCUGCAAAUUAUUUCGUGAUGACGAGAAGGCGAAAAUGAUUGAUCAAGGGAAGCAUUUGAUACCCUGGAUGGGCGAUAACACUUUGAAGAUAGACAGGUCCGUUCCCAUAACCUAAAAACCAUUAUACCUAGAAUACGUAUAUUUUUGUCUAAAAAAAAAGAAAAUGUACGCGCAACAUUGUGCGAAGAACAAUACUCAUAAACUGUUGACGAACAUGACAAACUUUGACAGGUGUGACAUAAAUUUUUUUAACGUACGGAUAAGCAAUCUGGAGACUGUUUAAGGUUUCCGCAGGUGUUUUGGCUGUGAGGCUCAGUGUGGAAGCGCUAAUGCGCUCUGCAUGAGUGUAUUCAAGGUGCUCAAGUGUCCUGGUCCAUGGAGAUGAUCAUCGGCGCUUUUGCAGCAAGAUACGAUGGACGCGGGGCUCUGGGCGACCUAAGGGUCUAUGAACCACCACCCGGUGGCUUUGAUCAACGAACUUUUCUCACCGAGGAUGAAUAUAAAAUUGAACAACUCUGCGAUGAGGAGCGGUACCGUUCCUUAUACAAAAGUGAUACUGAUGAAAAUCUUUAUCAUGAAGAGGAAAUGAAAAGACUACAACAGGCUUUGGAUUCGGAAAAUACGUAUGGACAAGUUGCCUACAACUACAACGAAAAUGAUGAGAAUCAAAAAGGAACAUGUGAGGAUUCCCAAAGUCCAAAACCAUCUGAAGGCUCUCAAGAAGAUGAUCAAGCUUUUAUAGUUCCACCGGAACUCAACAUACCACCUGAUAUGACUGUGCCGGAUACACAGAAAUUGAACGCAAUAAUAACAAAAACAGCACUUUUUAUAAGUCAUCAAGGAGGACAAAUGGAAGUUUUAAUAAAGGCAAAACAGGCAAAUAAUCCACAAUUCGCAUUUCUCUCAGUGGAUGGAGCACUAAAUCCGUAUUACAAACUCGUCCUCGAGGCUAUCAAGUCCGAGCAAUAUAAUCCAGAAAAACAGCCCGAAAAGGAAGAAUCGGAAGAAGCAGAACAGCAAAAUGAUGAUGAUGACGAUGACGAGGAUGACGACGAACCUUAUCUUCAUCCCAGCCUCGCGCCUUCUUUCGCUAAAGUUGAAGCCGCACCAAGUAUACCGAGCAUUGCAUACAAACCUUCUGCCGAUUGUGCUUAUUCAAUGCUGGUAAAUCGAAUCACUGGAAAGCCACCGCCAUCAAAAGUUCCACCACAGCCGGAAGUUCCAGUUCCACCAUUACCUAUUUCUGGAUAUUAUCAAGGAAUGCCUCCACAGAAUCCAUAUUUUUCACAGGGUUAUUCCCCGUAUCCAGUAGCUCCACAACAGUAUUCACAUGGUCCAGUAAUUUACAGUGCCAAUGGACACACAAAUAAUCCAUCGCAAAUCUCCGUUCCACCAAUUCCAUCGUCAAGCGAUACAACAAAUCUCCAACAAACCCCACUAAAAGAACCACCAUCUCUCGUUCCUUAUGGACCAACACCACCAAAACCUUUGAGUCGACCAUCGUUUAUUGUCCCACCAGCUGAAAUACAAAUAAUCAUCGACAAAAUGGCGAGUUAUGUAGCAAAAAAUGGUCGCGAUUUUGAGGCAAUUGUCAAAAAUAAAGGCGAUCCACGUUUUAAUUUUCUAGAAUUAUCACAUCAAUAUCAUGGAUAUUAUGCACACAAAUUGACAAUAUACGAAGGCGCUGUCAAUCCUCGUGUUUUAACUGAAGAGGAACUUUUACAAAAACAAGAAUUAAAAGAGGAAAAACAAAAGAAAUUGGAAGAAUUACAAAAGAAACAACAAAGAAUGGAGGAAGUGCAAAAACGUGUUAAAAUGAUUGAAGCCAAAAAGAAAGGUGACACAAGAUUUAAAGAAGAUUCAGCGAAUAAAAAUAUUACAACUGUUUCAUUUUCCAUUAAGAAACCAAAAGAAGGUGAAACAACAGUGAUUGAAAAACGUAAUGCCCUACCAUUAGAAGAGAGUGACGAUGACAUUGAUGAGAAUAAAAAAGAUGUCAAUUCAAAAUCUAAUUCUCCUCACGAAACAGGAGACGAUACAUGUUUGGUAAAAAAUGAAAAAGAAACAAGCAAUAUUGAGAAAAAAUCACGAAUCGAUGAAAAAGAUUUUGUCGAUCUCACUGAUGAUAUUUUAGAAGAUUGUCAAAAAGAUUUGAGAAAUAAAUUAGUCGAGGAGAGAUUAAAAGAUAAAUUGGCAGCGGCAGCAAGAGAAAGAAUGGCAGCAAAUUCAAUGAAGGAAAAACAAUUACAAUUGGAACGAAAAAAGAAGGCAGCAAUGUUUUUAAGUCAAUUGCAAACGCCGAUAAAUGUAAAAAAUACUGAAAAAAUUGUGAUUGCAAAUAAACGAGAUGUAGAUUUAGAUGAAGUUCAAGCGGUUCCAUCUCCAAUUCGUGAUGUUGAAACAGAACAAUCAAGUCCUGGAAUCACUCCGUUGAUUCAUCGAAUAAAAGGCGCGGAAAUGAACAGCAAAAGAUCGAGGCAUCGCUCCAGGAGUCGGAGUAGUAGUCGAAGUCGAAGUUAUUCCGAUCGCGACAGACACAGAAUUCACAAGAAGCACAAGAAGAAAAAGGUCUCGCAUAAAAGUUACGAUAGUCCAAGUAGAUCAUGGUCCCACAAAUCAAAAAAAAGUAAAAAAUUGUCGAGGCAUCGAAGUCGAUCGAGAAGUCCCCAUAGACAUCACCAAAGCUCAAAACAUCAACGAAAAGGAAGUAGUUCCAGUAAUUCGUUAUCCAGCUCACCUUAAAGUUACUUAUCUGAAAAGUAGAUAAGUAUUUUUUUAAUACAAAACAAACAUUGUACAUAAAAUUUAUACAUAAAUGUAAAUUACAAAGAAUUAGUUGCUUUAUAACAAUUCCGUCAAAUUCAAAAACGAAUUUUAAAAAAACUACAUUAGUUUCUUGUAAUUUGUUUAAAAAAAAAAAAGAAAAUUUUUUUCCAUUUGGAAAAAAUAUUGAUGCUCUUAAUUUCUUAAAACAAAACUAUCGAAAUUAUUUAUUCUUGAAAAUAGUGUACAUUAUAAAUAAGACUAUUUGCAAUAAAAAAAUUUUAAAAUGAA